AUGGACGAGUAUUUGAAUAUGAAUGGCAGCAGCCCGGCCGAUGGCUCGUUUUACGGGCUGGGCCAGGGCCAGGGCGUUGGCCAGGACGGUGUUGUUGAGUCUGGACAGGAUCCGGGCCAUAUGGACGUGGGGUUUUCCGAUUUCAGCAGAGAUAUUUUGUCAGGGUUUAAGGGUCCUGAGGACGAAGGGUCGGGCCUGCAGCAGCAGCAGCAGCAGCAGCAGCGGCCGCAGCUGAGCAUUCCGCACACAGACCCGUCGCUGUUGUUUCCCGAGCUGAACUUGGCCAACCGGGGUGCGCCUGCUGGCGCUGCUGGCGCCAGCCAGCAGCAGCAGCAGCAAGAACACAGCAGGUCACGUUCACGGUCGUCGAGUCACGUGACUCAGUCAUACUAUGGUAACAGCAACAGCAACAGCAAUGGCCACGGCCACGGCUACGACCAGUUGUCGACGGCGAACUCGCCGUACAUGCACCCCUCGGACGCGCUCUCGCCCGGGAUGGGGUACUUGGGGCUCGACAGCGACAUUGACGAGCUCUUGAGCGUGCACUCGGACUUGUCGGACGUUUCGAAGGACUACGAGUACAUCUCGACGCUCUCAGAGUUGCAAGAGCUCACGGGCGAGAGUUUCGACCCGCUUCCCGACUUCGUCGACAGCCAGUUCGCGCAGCUGCAGCUGCAGCUUCCGGAAAGCAGCAUGGCCCAGGUGCAGUCGCAUAUCCAGCCGGUCCAGCCGUCCCCGCCGCCGCAGGUGACUCCGCCCCAGAUUAGAAUCGAGCAGUUUGAGCCAGCAGGGGCACCACCAAAAUCGGGUCAUGCCGGUACGUUUGACUUGGACUUGGACCUGGGCCAGAGCCCAGAUUACCAGGACCAAAGCCAUGGCUUGCUGUCCGUAGACGCAGCCCACGAUCAGCAGCAACAGCAGCACCACCAGCAGCACCAGCACCAGCAGCUUCCGACCCUACAAAACGACCACAUCUCGGAUUCGUUCGACAGAAUGAUGCUCACGGGCCACAGAAACAGCAUCAGAAACAGGUCCCACUCGCUCUCCCAAACCCAAACGCCGUCCCAGUCCCAGGGCCAGUCCGUCACAAAGCCACGCUCAAACACAAGGUCCCGCUCCAGAGCUAACUCAAGCUCAACUACAACCGUCGCCCGCUCUCCCUCUAGGUCCAGGUCCCGCUCCAGAAACGUUUCUUCCAGAUCGCUUUCCCCAGACGAGCGUGCCCGCUCCCUCAGCAGCGACCGCGAACACCUCUUGAAACUAGGAGGAAUCAUCCCCAGAGACAGCGACCAGAACAGCGACCAGGAUAAUUCCCCAGACAACAACAACGGCAAUGGCAAUGGCAACGGUACCGGUACCAGUACCGGCGAUGACUCCCACGACAACCACUCUUCAACAACCCUCAAUUUGAUCGGCACUACGAAAAAGAAGCUCGCACAAAAACACCCCUCCGUCUACGCCUGCGAUAUCUGCGACAAGAAGUUCACCAGACCCUACAACUUGAAGUCCCAUCUACGUUCACACACCGACGAAAGGCCGUACCUGUGCUCCGUUUGCGGCAAAGCCUUUGCACGAAUGCACGAUAAAAACAGACAUGAAGAUUUACACACGGGCAAGAAACGGUACGUGUGCGGUGGUACCUUGAAGAACGGCCAGCCCUGGGGCUGCGGCAAGAAAUUCGCAAGAAGCGAUGCCCUAGGCAGACAUUUCAAGACUGAACUUGGGAAAAGAUGCAUCAUGCCUCUAUUCGAAGAAGCUGAAAUGGAAAAGAGGGCCGCUGCUGGAGGAGCUAAUGACAAUGUCUCAUGA